CGGACUUUGUCGGUGAAAGUUCCUUUUAAUUUGGUAAAAUUAAAAAGUAGAAAUUAAACAAUAAAUAAUUAACAAAGUAAAAAUACGCGCGACAUUGAUGAUGGCUCGAUUGCAAAUGGCGGCCAUCUUUCUUUUUUUUAGCAUAUGUUACGCUUGUGACGUGGAUAUGGCAGUUUACAAAGUGACAGUGCGAAUGUUAUGGAGCGAACAGACGUUCCCAAAGGAUUAUCCAAUGCAACGUCCGAAAGCGCAGUGGUCGCCAGUGUUUGGUCAGUCUCACAACAAAUCUUACACGUUAUUCCGUGUUGGUGAAGUGGCGAAGUCUUCAGUAAGAAACUUUGCUCAAUAUGGAAAACUGGAUACUAUGAUACUAGAAGGUGAAGAGGAUCCAAGAGUUUAUGAUCAGUUUUCAACUCCCGCUCUCGGAAGUGGAACUGGAGAGACAGAAAACUUGGUGUUUGUUGACAAUGAACAUAGUGAGAUAUCUAUGAUCAGUAAAAUAAUACCAUCACCAGAUUGGUUCGUUGGUGUAGACAGUUUGAAUCUAUGCGUGGAUUCAUCCUGGAUUGAUCAAAUUAUACUUGAUCUGGAGCCUUUAGAUGCGGGAGCUGCCAGUGGUCUUACAUUCACAGCUCCACGUUGGGAGAAUUCACCGCCCGAAGUCGUAUCUAAACAUAAACCUCGUCAACCGAAUCACCCAGCAUCUGGUUUUUAUUAUCCAAAUAAAAAGGAAUUACCACCCAUAGCUAAAGUUCAAUUUACAAAGGUAAAAGAAUAUUCAUCUAAAGAGGUUAAUGAUUUAGCAAGAAAAGAGUUAUUAAAUAACCUUCAUUUAAAAGAUAAACUGAAAGGUUUACCGAAAAAGAAAUCAUUGAAGAGUUAUCAAACAACCGAAUUAAAUCAAGAAGUAACAACAAAGAAUAAUUUCGAUCAAUUAGUUGAGUUAGAAGAGGAAACUUUUGGAACCCCGCGACCCAAUGUACCAGAUAACAAAGUUGAAAUUAUAACUAAUGCUCCUACAACGACUAUAAAAAUGGACGAGGAGUUUGAUAGUGACCUAAAGAACAUGGACGAUGUUGUACUCGCGGUCGCUAACGGCAACCGUUUAGGACUAGGCAAGCGAUUACCGAGGCACUUCAGAUCUCGACUACAUCACGCUGUUAAUAGAAUCCAACCGGAUGAUUGCCUAGUAUCCGAAUGGGGCAGUUGGACUCCUUGCUCGGCAACAUGUGGCUUUGGAGACCAGUUCCGAACCCGACGUGUCAUUCGAGAGAAGCGCGGAGAUGGCCGCAACUGUCCAACGUUGACUGACAGAAAACAUUGCGGUAAUAUCAACUCUUGCGCACAUAUUGAUUACUUUGAAUGGUGAUAGGAACUCAGUACUUAUGUUACAUUUUAUAAUAAACUUUUA